GCCUGGGUGACGGUGAGGCGAGCUCGGGAAUCUGGCUCAGUCGGUCCCUCAGACGCGCCGCAGAUCUCGGGGAGGGAGUACGUCGCUGCGUGUCGCUCCCUCGCGGCCUAACUUUGACUCCUAUUCAAGUGGUUCAGCGAAAGUGCAGACCACGAUAACCCCUUCAACUAUGCAUGACAAAUGAGCAGCAUGACAACAUUACUAUAAUUUUUGAAAGAAUGUCGUUUUGAAAGAAUGUCACGUCGCCGCUAAAGCUUCUGAAAGAAUAAACAGCGACAGUAAAGAAAAAAAAUCCAACUUCUUUCCCUUAAGAUUACGCAGAUAAACACAACAUUAACGCGCGAGGCAGUGUUACCACAAUGAGAACUUGAAAUGUGUGAAAUUUACGAGCGAGAUCCCCACGGACGCCUGAGGGAACGGAGAGAGGAACACGGACGUCGAGGUGUGGCAACGAUGAAGCCAGGAUCCUCGUCUCGGGCAGGAGGAGGCGCAGAAGGAGAAGGAGAAGGGAGAAGACAGCUCAGCGCGACUCGGGAAGGCGCCGCCCCUCACGCGAGAAUCCUCGGUCGCUUCGCCCCCUUCCGACUCUCUCCGAUGCCCUGCCUGCUGGUGCUGUCCGCGCUGCUUCACCUCGCCACGGCUUCCGACGUCAUCAGAAUAGGUGGCUUGUUCGACCAGUACGACGAGCGGCAGGAGGUCGCCUUCCGCUACGCCGUCGACGCCAUAAACAGCGACCGGAAGCUCCUUGCGCAUGCGCGGCUCUCGGCGCAGAUCGAGAAGAUUCCGCCGAGCGAUUCCUUCCGCGGGUCGAGGAAAGUUUGCUCUUUGCUCAAGACCGGAGUGGCAGCGAUCUUCGGUCCCCAGUCAGGCCAGACAUCAGCUCACGUGCAGUCGAUCUGUGACUCCCUGGAGAUCCCUCACAUCGAGAACAGAUGGGACUUCCGGCUCACGAGGGACGCCUAUUCGGUCAACCUGUACCCGCACCCGUCGACGCUGGCGAAGGCCUACAUGGACGUCCUGAAGACCCUCGGCUGGCGGAAGUUCUGCAUCAUUUACGAAAACAACAACGGCCUCAUUCGCGUGCAAGAACUUCUGAAGGACCAGAGCUUCCAGAUUAGCCUGAGACAACUUCCUCUCUCGGAUGACUACAGACCGAUGCUGAAGGACGCGAAGAAGGACGGCGUGACCCAUAUCGUCCUCGACGUCGAGAGGGACAACAUCUUCACCGUCCUGAAGCAGGCGCAGCAGAUCGGGAUGAUGACGUCAUAUCAUAACUAUUUCAUCACUUCUCUGGACCUGCACACCGUCGACCUCGAGGACUUCCGCCACGGGGACACCAACAUCACAGCGCUGACGAUCGUGGACCCGGAGAACCCGUUGGUGCAGCAGGUGAUCCAGGACUGGGUCUUCGGAGAACUACGCCACGGGAGGAACGUCGAGAACCCGGAGAACACGCUGAAGAACAGUAAUAUGACCCAACCCAAGACGGAAGUGGCACUCAUGUACGACGCCGUGCACCUCUUCGCCAAGGCACUGGACGACCUCGACCGCUCGCGCCACAUUGACAUCACGCCCCUGGAGUGCGACGGAGACAUCACGUGGGUGCACGGGAACUCGCUCAUCAACUACAUGAAGUGGGUCCAGGUGAACGGACUGACGGGACUCAUCAAGUUUGACACGGAAGGCUUUAGACGCGACGUGACUCUCGACAUUGUGGAGAUGAAUAAGGAGGGACUCAACAGGGUCGGCAAGUGGGGACCCGACAGCGGUGCCAACUAUACCCGAACGUACAGUGAGAUCCAGCAGGGUAUUGUGGAGAGCUUACAGAACAAGACGCUUAUUAUCUCAACUAUUCUCGCUUCCCCGUACACGAUGCUCAGGGAAACCUCCGAACAGAUGACAGGAAAUGACCGCUACGAGGGCUUCUGCGUCGACCUCAUCCACGAAAUCUCGGAGAUCAUUGGCUUCAACUACACGCUGAAGUUGGCCGACGACAGCAACCACGGGAAGUUCGACCAGAAGCUGCAGAAGUGGAAUGGAAUGAUUGGCGAACUUCUCGAUCAGAAAGCUGACCUGGCAAUCGGCGAUUUGACAAUCACUUACGAGAGAGAGCACGCUGUCGACUUCACGAUGCCCUGGAUGAACCUUGGCAUCAGCAUCUUGUACAGGAAACCGACCAAGAAGCCCCCGAACCUCUUCAGCUUCCUGUCUCCGCUCUCGCUCGACGUCUGGCUCUACAUGGCGACGGCUUAUCUCGGCGUGUCUCUGCUCCUGUUCGUGCUGGCGAGGUUAAGUCCCUAUGAAUGGAUCACAUCCUUUCCAUGCAGAGAAGAGGAAGAAAAGUCAAUGGAAAAUCAGUUCAGUCUCAACAAUUCGCUAUGGUUUACAAUGGGCAGCCUACUACAGCAAGGCACUGACCAGCAGCCCAAAGCGGUCUCCACCCGCAUCGUCGCCGGGAUCUGGUGGUUCUUCACCCUCAUCAUGAUCUCCUCGUACACCGCCAACCUCGCCGCUUUCCUGACGGUGGAGAGGAUGGAAUCGCCGAUCGAAUCCGCGGAGGACCUCGCCAAGCAGACCAAGAUCAAGUACGGGUCCAUGUACGGCGGCUCGACGUGGAACUUUUUCAGCUCCUCCGAAGUACCGACAUACCAGCGCAUGUUCAGCUUCAUGGAGUCCCAGAACCCGAGCGUGUACACGAAGUCCAACGAGGAGGGCAUGAAGCGAGUCCUCAAGGGCGACGGUCAGUACGCCUACAUGAUGGAAUCCUCGAGUAUUGAGUACAUCACGGAGAGGUACUGCGACCUGACCCAAGUCGGCGGACCACUCGACUCUAAGAGCUAUGGUAUUGCUCUGCCACCUGGCUCGCCCUACACGAACACCAUCUCGGAGGCAAUCCUGAACUUGCAAGAGAGUGGAAAUCUCCAAAAGCUUAGGACGCGCUGGUGGAAGCAGAAAAAGGGAGGGGGGAAGUGUGAAGAUGACGAGUCGAAGAGUUCAUCAAAGGCCAAUGAACUCGGGCUGAACAACGUCGGCGGAGUGUUCGUCGUUCUGCUGGCCGGCAUGGGACUGGCUUCGGUCGUGGCGGUGUGUGAAUUUGUUUGGAAAUCAAGAAAGUUGGCAACCGAGGAACACGCUUCCGUUUGGACAGAGAUGAGUAAGGAACUCAAGUUCGCCCUCUCCUGCGACGCGUCCUCCAAGCCGGUAAGGAAGAAGCCGCAGGACCAAGAGAACAACGGGCCAUCCUAUCUCUCCGUGAACACCUACGGCUCCACCUACACCACCUCACAGUACUCCUUCUCGUCCAAGGACCCGCUCUCCUGACAACUGCCGGACCUUCCAUCACACGCCUCCCGCGAGAAGCUGGGGCCUGACGACAUCCCGACGCCCCCCCUGGCUGCCAUCAGGGGGGCGCAGUCCCUGGACCGCAUUUCCCGUCGGUCCGCGCCCCCAGCGACCCCGGAGGCGGCAGCAGAGGAACAGCAGGAAGGCAACCUGCAGUCUCCGGACUUGCCCUUCCAGCUGAUUUCCACCGUAUGACGCUAGGGGAGCCUGGGUCACCGCCGGUCGCGUCACACAGCGAUCACGCACAUCGCUCGAUCACAACUCUGAUUUCUUGACGGAGCUUCGUUCGUUUUUUUUUUUUUUCGUUCAUUCGUUUUUAUGUUUUGGUUUCGUUUCGUUCUGCGAGGCUCGAGAGACGGAUUCCAAAGAGCUUCGCCAAAAUUGUCUCCUAACUACGGCGCAAUUAAAAAAAAAAAAUGAUUUGGUUGAGGUCGAUAAAUUACGUUUUUUGCUUUUAAUUUUUUUUUCUUUAACUUUUCCGUGUACAUAAAGCGUUGAUUUUCCUUACCCUUAGUAGUCGAGUGUCCAAAUUCACAUAAGGUGCGGUAUUUAGCUUCACAUGAUAGUUUGACAUUGCUUUUAGUGAUAUUCCUCUAUAAACGAAAAGAAAAACUAUAAUCUUUGCUAUAUAUCUUGUUAUUAACUUUAAUCAUAACCAGAGUUGCUAACCAUAUGAAUAUAUCCGUAAAUAGCAGAUAUCUAGCUGACCAGCGGUGACCUAGGCAAUCUAGCAUAAAGUUGUGUGACUGUCUUGUCGUUCCCUGAAUUAUCGAAAUCCUGCGUGACAAAUCAUUGACACUUUGUGACUGUAUGAAUUCGAGUACUGUGUGAAGGGACCUCUUCUUCUGAUGAAUGUACUGUGCAAGUCAGUCGGCACGUCAGGCUCCGGAGGCGCUCGUGUUGCAGAGAAGCCGUUACUCGUUGCACACCACUGGUGACAAUGCCGAAAUCUCUUCAUAUUGUGUCGGUGGAGUCUUUGUCUGUGUUCAUUGUGAUAAAAAAAAGCAAAAACAUUCAGCGAGAAGAAACUCGAGGAGACAAGGAAAAGGAUUACUGCCUGUUAAACGAAGGGUGCUGUUACAGUAACAGUCAACGUGUAAAAUACAUGGGAAUGAACAUGCUCUUCUGAAAUAGUUGUUUUGUUGAUAUGACUUUCUGUAAUAAAAAAACAAAAACAAUUUUCACUGAAAACACCUGAAAUUACCUUUUGUACUGAAAUGAAAAAAAUACGUGUAAAUAUGUGAAAAAAGUCUGUGUUUUAGGUGCUCUUAAUGAUUUACUGGGAUAGUGAAUACUGUUGUAUCUUUAUUGUUUGGAAAUCAUUUUACAUUUUAUUCCCUAGUUUUCACAAAUUGUUCUUUUAAAUCAUUGUGGCGAAAAGAGACAAAGAAGCAAAUGAAGCAGAGUAGAAGAAGCUCCAUUAUGGGAAGGUUUUAUAUGAAUGAAAUAUGAGAAAAAAGAAAAAUUAACUUCCGGUGUCACCAGCACACUAUCAGGGACCAAGCAUAUUCAUUCAGAAAGAGUGAGAGAGAAAUUCACAUACAUAAAAAAAAAAAAAAAAAAAAAAAAUAUGAUAUGAAAGAAGAUAGGAUUUUACAAAAUAUCUAAAAAAAAUACAUGAGCUGAAACAGGAGAGGGGAAACUGAACCAAGAUCCAGUCUGAGAUUGAAACAUUAAACGUCUCAAGAUUUUAUAUAAUGAGACGUGUUUUUUUCUGUGUUCUUUGUUUACCUAUUGUUUUGGGCAUUAGACCUUCAUAAGUUAAUAUUAAGAGAUAUAUUUUUACUAACAGAUCUUGAUAGAUAUAGGCUAAGAAUCCAUAUAUAAAGAGGAAAAUUGUUCCACUCAAACUCUGGACAAAUUAUGGUCAUUAUUAUUAUGGAUUACUAUUAUUAUUAUUAUUGAUACUAUUAUUAUUGGUAUUAUGAUUAUCAUUAAUAUCGUUUAUUAUAUUACAUUAAUGAUGAUAAUGACAAGUAUUGUCAUUAUCAUUAUUUUUUAUAUUAUUAUUAUCAUGAAUAUCAAUAUUACAGUAUGAUUUAUGAGGGCCACAUGUAGCAAUAAUCGUUUUUUUCUUAUGUCAUCUCAUUAUUUUACUUUCUUUAUUUGCAAUAUUUUUCCAAGAAUUAUUUUUCAUAUGGUUGCUGCUACUACUACUACUACUACUUUGUUGUUCUCAUUACUAUUAUUAUUGUUCUUAUUAUGAUUAUGAUUAUUAUUAUCAUUAUUAUCAUCAUUAUCAUUAGUCUCAUCGUUAUUAUCGUAUCGCAUUUUCGGCAAGGACCAGAGUUUCAUUGGCACAUAUAUCAUGGAACAUCUCAUCGUUUAUAAAGACAUAGAAGAAUGCUUGUUUCUGCUUCGCUAACUUUAUAUCACGCAUCGCAACAAACCGAAUAACUUCCUUUUUGGUUAUCACGCUUCAAUGUUGCUUGUCUUUGAUUUUGGCAGUGUCAAUUGUUUUGAUAAGACGUCAUGCAAUCAGUGUUUCGCGAAAGGCGAACUUGCUAGAGUCGGCGACAAGUAAUAUGUUCAAUUUAGCAUGUUACAUUUAGAUUUGAUUUUUAUUUUUAUCUACUACGUCACUUUACGCGUCAGUCAUUUGUUUUGCGCACACAUGCAAUGUUUCGCGGGUAGUGAAAGGUACUUUACUUUCGAGAAUUGUACUAAAAAAGGUAUAUAUUUUUUGAAACAGGGCACAGUCAGUGUUUUUUUUACUUACUUUUUUCUUUUUUUUUUUUCUUAACACGAACUACAGACGUUAAAUUUUGUUAUAGUUAUUGGCAAUACAAGAAGAGAAGAAAGAGAAAAUAGUGGAAGGCAACACAAGAAAACAAUAUUUUGAAAGAGAGAAAUAAAGAGAAAAAAGAACAGUAUACACCAGAAUCCUUGCUAGACAUACCUUUACGUGGUAGAAGGCUGACGAAAUUUCCGUUUCUUUGUCAUCCUGUGUGCGUAUUAUUUCCUUUGUUUAUGUCAUUUGUGUUAUAUUGAAUGUCAUGUCAUGUGCUGUUGUUUACUUGUUGAAUGAGGUUCUGUGACUAGGAGAUGGUAAGUUGUAAACACAUCUCUGGGGUCGAUUCAAUAUAUGAUUUUUAUUAACCUCUGUAAUAUGAUGCUAUGUACUCUCUCAUUUGUAUACGAAAUGUUUCAAAAUAAACAGAUUUAAAUGA